CACUAGCAGCAAGCCGUCACCAAGGAAACUGCUUGCCCCGCCUGGUCCCUUUCACUUCCGAUCCUGCGCGUUAGAGCUUCGGGCGGACAUGGCAGCUUCCCGUUUGCCUCCGGGGGCGCUGACCUUGAGGCAGUUCAUGAGAAGGCAACAAGUUCUCCUACUCUACAGGAAGAUUUUGCAAGCAAUUAGGCAAGUUCCAAAUGAUUCUGACCGCAGAUACCUGAAGGACUGGGCAAGGGAAGAAUUCAAAAACAACAAAAGUGCCAAGGAAGAGGAUACAAUCCGAAUGAUGAUUACUCAAGGCAAUAUACAACUGAAGGAAUUAGAAAAAACACUAGCUUUAGCCAAAUCUUAAGGAUAUAGUGUUAUUUUGAAGAAUUUUGAAAUCUCCAUUUUUUGCUGAGUUAAAAUCCACAGCUAAAGCCACACUAACAUUUAGCACAGGAAGCAACAGUCAUUGUCAACCAGGAAGGUGCAAAUCAAAACCAAACUGCCCUGUAAGCAAUUCACUGAAUGUUCAUCUCCAUAUUAUUAACACUACUCUCACUUCUGGUUAGAGAAGCUUCUCUUUUCAGAUGGCUAUGACCACUGGGAUGACCCAAAAGGCACCAUGGUGCUGAGAAGACGUGACAGAGGAGUGUUCAAGACUGAAACAUUUCUGUCACCCUCCAAGGCUCGGGGUUUAUCCAAAGGAAGGGUGGGAAUGCUUACAAUACAACUGUCCAGACAAAAAUUGGCUUCAAUGUUCACAACCUCACUGUGCCUAGCAAUACCUACACAAGACUCUUAUGAUAGAGGGAAAAGAUGAUGACAUCAAAAUAAAAGAGAUUAACAGAGAGAGGGAGAGGAUAUGAUAGAGUGUGGAUUUGUGAAGGGAAAAGUGAGGGAGGGAAUUGUCAUGGUUUAUUGUCUAUAAGUAUGAAAACUGUCAAUUUAAAUUAAAAAAAAAAACUUUGAGCUCACACUUCCAUUUUAACAACUAGAAUUAAAAAGGGAAAUAAUAAAUGUUGAUGAAAAUGGGGAGAACUUGUAACCCCUGUAUGUUGCUGUUUGGAACCAAAAGUAUCUGCAGUGCAGCCCUUUGGAAAAUGGACUUUGAUAUUCUAGGUCCCUAAUCAAGAAAACUGAAAUCAUACCCAGAAGAAAUGUGUAUAAAAUUACUCAUGCCAGAUAGUGGGAUCAAAUAUUGAUCAGCUGGCUAAAUAACAUGGUCAAAUAAAAUGUGGCAUACAAUAUCUGGCAAUAAAAUGGAGUGAAAGACUGA